CUCAAUCGAGUUGGGCAAGAUUUAAAACUGAAACUUUUUGGUGUGCUAUAAAAAGAGUCCUCCAUCACAACUUUUCUUGGACUCCAACUGUUUCCUUUCACUUGUCAUUUACUCUCACAGAGAGAAUUCUACAUACGCCUCUGCUGUGUCCGAGGCAAACAGAGAAGAAACACACAGACAAUAAUGGCGGUUUCUUUGAGAUGGCUCUCGCCAUCCACAAUGCUGCUUCUGAUGCUGCUUGUCAGCGUAAAUGCCUCAGCAGAGAAGGAAGAGCUGAAUACUUACCGGUUAGUUUCUUCUUCUUCUUUUCUUUUACUUGACAGGUCAAAUGAUGCAUUAAAUGAACAUGUGAUGGACAAUCCAGAGGAAGUUGCUGCAAUGGUUGAUAUGAGCAUACGCAAUAGCACAAAAAGGAGAGAGCUGGGAUUUUUCUCAUGUGGAACAGGCAACCCAAUUGAUGAUUGUUGGCGAUGUAACCGACAGUGGCACCUUCAUCGGAAGAACCUAGCCAACUGUGCUAUUGGCUUUGGACGCAAUGCAGUCGGUGGUCGUGAUGGCAAGUACUAUGUUGUCAGUAACCCUCUUGAUGAUGACCCCGUUAACCCUAGACCCGGAACGCUUCGCCACGCCGUCAUCCAAGACAGGCCUUUGUGGAUUGUGUUCAAGAGGGACAUGGUGAUCCAACUUAAACAGGAACUUAUCAUGAACAGCUUCAAGACCAUUGAUGCUCGUGGAGUCAAUGUGCACAUUGCCAAUGGCGGUUGUAUCACAAUCCAAUAUGUCACAAAUAUCAUUAUCCAUGGUCUCCAUAUUCAUGACUGUAUACCCACCGGGAAUGCUAUGGUUCGAAGCUCGCCUUCUCAUUACGGGUGGAGGACAAUGGCUGAUGGAGAUGGGAUUUCAAUUUUUGGAUCAAGUCACAUUUGGGUUGAUCACAAUUCUCUUGCUAAUUGUGCUGAUGGACUUAUUGAUGCUAUAAUGGCUUCAACUGCUAUCACAAUCUCAAACAAUUACUUCACCCAUCACAAUGAGGUUAUGCUGUUGGGUCAUAGUGACUCUUAUACAAGAGAUAAGGUCAUGCAAGUGACCAUAGCCUAUAACCAUUUUGGUGAGGGUCUUAUUCAGAGAAUGCCAAGGUGUAGACAUGGGUAUUUCCAUGUAGUGAACAAUGACUACACACACCGGGAAAUGUAUGCUAUUGGUGGAAGUGCUAAUCCCACCAUUAAUAGCCAGGGAAACAGAUAUCUUGCCCCAGCAAACCCUUUUGCCAAGGAGGUGACAAAGAGGGUGGAAACUAAUACCAAUUUGUGGAGUCACUGGAAUUGGAGAUCAGAGGGAGAUUUGAUGCUCAAUGGAGCCUACUUCACUCCAUCAGGAGCUGGAGCAGCUGCCAGUUAUGCCAGGGCCUCAAGCUUAGGAGCCCAAUCCUCUUCCAUGGUCGGUACUCUUACUGCCGGUGCCGGUGCCCUUUCUUGCAGCAGGGGCUCGCAAUGUUAAUUUUCAGCCCUUCAACAAUCAGGAAAAAAACAACAACAAAGAAACAGAGGAAAAAAGAAAAGAAGAAGAGAAA